CGUGGUGAUCGGUGGUGCGCUGGAAAUGCCGGUUAUCAGUAUGUCUCUCCUAGCUCCCCAGCAGUGCCACCUGUCAGUGCCCAUCAAUGCCAGCUGUCUGUGCUCAUCAAUGCCACCUGCCAGUGCCCAUCAGUGCCUCAUCAAUGCCACAUAUCAGUGCCUACCAUGCACAUCAAUGCCACAUAUCAGUGCCCAUCUGAGCUGCCUUUAAGUGUCACCUAUCAGUGCCAGUCAGUGCCACCUAUCAAUGCCAGUCAGUGCAACCUAUCAGUGCCACCUAUCAAUGCCAGUCAGUGCCACCUAUCAGUGCCAGUCAGUG